UUUUAUGCCAACCUUCACCCACAAAAACCCACCCAAACACUAUGACUAUGACUCAGUUGAUUGAAAACCAAUCUAGAGGAGGAGGAGAAGAAGCAGAAGAAGAGCUAAGCAAUGAGUCCAAGCAAUUGCUUCUCUCACUUCCAAAAGAGAAAGGUUGGAGAACCAAUCACCUCUAUUGGUUCCAAAACUUUUGGUGCCAAGCAAAGGAGAUUCAAGCCAUAAUCUCAUGCCAAAGACACUUCCAAGCCCAAGACAGUGACAUCAUACUAACCAUUAUCCCAAAAUUCGGAACAACAUGGUUGAAAGCCCUCGCAUUUGCUAUUGUCAAUCGCAAGCGUUUUGGCCCAAAAAACCAUCCUUUGCUCACCUCCAACCCACAUGACCUUGUACCUUUCCUCGAGUACAAGGUCUAUGCGAAUUACAACCAUGUCCCUGACCUGUCUUCCUCCACAAGGUCCUGUAACCCUAGACUUUUCGGCACCCAUGUGCCGUAUGCUUCGUUGCCGGACUCUGUCAAAAAGUCCGGCAACAAUAACAACGACAGUGGGUGCCGGGUUGUGUACCUGUGUCGCAACCCAUUCGAUACUUUCAUCUCCGUCUGGCAUUUCCUCAUGAGAGCGAGACCUGCGAGUCUGGGACCCCUUUCGAUGCAGGAAGCUUUCGACAUGUAUUGUAGGGGUGUUAUAGGGUAUGGACCUUACUGGGACCAUAUGCUAGGGUACUGGAAAGAGAGCAUAGAGAGACCCCACAAGGUGUUGUUCUUGAUGUACGAGGAUAUGAAAGAAGACACGGGGUUUUAUGUGAGGAAGUUGGCUGAGUUUUUGGGAUACCCAUUUUCAUUAGAGGAGGAGAGAGAAGGGGUGGCUGAGGAGAUAUCAAGGCUGUGUAGCUUCCAGAGCUUGAAGGAGUUGGAGGUGAACAAGACAGGGAAAUGAGCUGUUUUAAACUUUGAAAAUGAAAGCCUUUUCAAGAAAGGUGAGGUGGGUGAUUGGGUGAACCACCUAACCCCAUUCAUGGUGGAGAAGCUGACAAAAGUCAUGCAACAAAACUU